CUCCAAACAGCUGAAUAAUCCCAUCGAAUCACUCCCGAGAAGAUGAAGUGUCUCGUGUUUCUAGCUGUGCUGGCAGUUUUCUGCUCGGUGCUUCAUUCAGGCCAAGCCGACGAAUGUGGCAAACACGAGGUGUACCUGCAGUGUGGCUCCCAGUGUCCCGCGACCUGUGCCCAGCCCAAUCCGGGCACGUGCCCGACCGUGUGCGUGGCCGGAUGCUUCUGCAAGCCCAAGUAUCUGCGCAAUUCCGAGGGCAAGUGCGUCAAGCCGGAAAAGUGCACCGGCUUCUUCAAGAAGGUCAAGGGAUGGUUCAAGAACUUAGGAUAGGUUGAUGUGUAAACGUUUCUUAAGUAAAUUUUCGA